CACUUAAUGAAAGGUAAACCGGCUUAAUGAGCUGCCAGCCAGCAGAAGCAAUCCGCCUGUGGCUCUGCCCAGCCCCCUGCACUGCGCCUCCUUCCAGCUGCCAUUAGGCUGCGCCGCUGACAGCAGAGUACAGAGGAGACAUAUGCUGUGCGUCUGCCCACUGCCAUCACUACGGCUAUCCCCACAGAUGUGACUGCUAGCGAGCCGGUGCAGCCAUCCCACAGACGGGACGUGAUUUACUGAAUACACAGGGUCACUAAUAAUUAUUAUCAUAGGCUUGCAAUAUGGCGGAAGGGACCGGGACGACUUCUCCGCAGAGCCCUAGAGGGGGCACCGUGGCCGCAGGUAUGGACAGUCUUUUCAAAACCGAUGAAAGACAAAGGCUGGCAAAAGAAAGACGGGUAGAAAGAGAAAAAUGUCUUGCUGCCAGAGAGCAACAGAUUAUGGAAAAGGAGAAAAGAGCUAAGUUACAGUAUGAGAAACAAAUAGAGGAACGGUGGAAGAAGCUUGAGGAGCAACGGCUGCGCGAGGAUAACAAAAGAGCGGCAGUAGAGGAAAAGAGGAAGCUUAAAAUCCGUGAGGAAGAAGAGCGAUUAGAGGCUAUGAUGCGGCGUGCCCAAGAAAGAAGCCAGCAGCUGGAGCAGAAGCAGAAAAGAUGGUCCUGGGGUGGGGCCUUGGUAGCCGGCUCAGGAAGAGAUGGUGAAUCAGAAAGCUCCCCACCCCCUGUGCUAGGUAUAACUACCAACACCUUUGACUCAGAGCCUGUGACCUCUGCUGCAGCUGACGAGUCCUCCAAUGCCUGUGACAAACUGUCCUCUUCUACAAUGAGUCUGCAAAGACCAGUGGACUCGCCAAUCAGUAAGAGGCUCUCCGCAUCCACUGCAGCAAUCACACAUUCCCCUGAUCGAGCCCAUCGCAUGUAUCUUAGUCCCAUGGAAAAUUUCAUUGUCACUCGACUGCUGACUCCAACACACUCUUCCUUAGCCAGGAGCAGGAGUACAGCCAUGCUUAAUGAAUCAUGUGAUUCCAUGUCAGUCUUCCAUGUGUGUCCUCGUGUAGCCCCUGCUAGCCCUCUUAAAUCUCCUUUCAAGUCUUCUCCUUCACGGAGCACUGAGAGAAAGAAGACCUUGCCAUCCCCUGACGGAACAGAUGGAGCCAAGGUUACAUCCCCCGAGUCCCAACAGCCUGAAAAGUUAAAGAAAGAGAAGCGGACGACUACUACUGUCCCAUCAUGUGCUCUGGGUUCCUCACUGCGGAGGUCCGAGUCACCAGCCUCCCUGUCCAAGAGGUCAUCUUCUCCAGCAACACCAAAAUCACUUUCAAAGUCUUACAAGCAGUACCCAUCAUCCCCUGUCAAAAUUCGAUCUAGUCCAAUUGGCAGCCAAGAUACACUUAAAAAGAAGAGUGAGAAACAACAAACACAUUCUAAAACAGAAGAACAUCCUGGGGAACCUAAAGCCGAACCUUCUAAACCAGACAGAAGUCCCUCCACUGCUGAGAAAAAAGAGUCAAAUGAUAGCUCUGGAAAGAUCACAGCAGGCACAACCGAUGCGGACGAAGCUGCACGGAUUUUGGCCGAGAAGAGGCGUCAGGCUCGCCUGCAGAAAGAGCAGGAUGAUCAGGAAAGACGUGAGCGGGAGGAAGCAGAGAGGCUGAAGAUGGAGGAGGACAGAAGGAAGGCAGAAGAGGAGAAGAAACGUUUACAAGAGGAAGCCCGACUGCUGGCUGAGAAGAAAAAGCAAGAAGCAGCGGAAGCGAAGAGAAAAGCAGAAGAAGAAGCAAAGGCAAAAGCAGAGGAAGAAAGACUGCUGAAGGAAAAGCAAGAAAGGGAAAUGCAGGCCUUCCAGGAAAAACAGAAGGAAGAGGCUGAUCUGAAGGCUCGAGAAGCAGCAGAAGCCAUGAGAAUAGAAAAAGAACAGAUCAUGCAGCAAAUUGAGCAGGAACGUCUAGAGAGAAAAAAGAGGAUUGACGAAAUCAUGAAAAGGACAAGGAGAAGCGAUGUCCUAGAAACCAAGAAGGAAGAGCCCAAACCAGAUGUCAAGACACACAUACAGACUGACAUUGUAUCAAAGGAUGAUGAAACAGUGCAACUAAAUGGAUUGUCUGCCCAUCUGGAAAGCAAAACACCAGCCAUAACAAUCAUUGAAUCAAAGCCUCAGGAACUCUUCUCCAAUGGCAUAAAGACAAGUGCAAGUGUCAUCCAACUUGAUGCCUUUGAAGGAAAAUGCAAUAGCUUGGAUGAUUCCACCGAUGAGGUUCAGUCAAUGGAUGUGAGUCCAGUGUCUAAGGAGGAACUCAUUUCCAUUCCUGAGUUUUCACCAUUGAAUGACCUUAUUCCCAGCGUGUCACUGGAGCAAAAUGGAACUAAUAAAUCAAGAGCCUUAGAGGAUCUCCUGGACUUCACAGGCCAGGCCACUUAUUCUAAGAUAGCCAGCGAGAGCAUCCACAUUGAUGAUUGUAAUAGAAACCUUAUUGAUGGAUUUAAAAGUCCGGGCCAAGAACCUAAAUUGAACACUAUCUGUUGAUAUCCACAGCACAGUGUAACAUGGACGUUGCAGAGUAACUCCGCAAGGGACGCACUUUGGGCCAAUGAUCACUGCCGGCAGUACGACGCCAAGCUAGAGCCUAAACUGGAUUUUUUUGUUAGAGCUGGCUAUAGCCUGCAAAUCUUUAUCUAUACUGUUAUAAAAGUGUUCCGCAUCAGCAAAAGACCCAGCCGCAGCUGCAUAGAUUGUGUGCUUAGUAACAACUCUGGGGUAACUAUAAGUCUAUGUUGGAGAUCGUUCGUCAUGCCAGUUUGAGUUCCACCUAUAUUUGGGCUGGUUUGCUUGGUUUUAUGUUCUGUACAGGAAGUGUCACUUUACUAUUUAUAUGGAGCUGAUUGAGCGCCUUACUGCAGAACUCUGAAAUCAAGUGUGAAAACAGAUACCGGCAUUCUGUCUCUAACGCUCACUCAACAAUAUGGCCUAAGUCAAGAAUCUUCUACAAUCAAAGUUGGUCAUCAAGCCCCUCAUUAUCCUACAUCCAACCAAUGUACGGUGGCAUUGUAAUCCACCAACUUAAAGGCCCAGGGUUAUUUUUCAAGAAGUGGAUUUUUCAUUACUCUUGUUAAGUUAUAUGAAAUUGCCAUUGUUGAAUCUAAGAUUAUUUAAUAAUUGUUGUGCUUUUUGGAUGUAGUGCUGAUCCUUAGACAGAUGCAUUGUUGCUGUUGCUCUGUAUGGGCAGGCUUCUGUCUACAUACAAUUAAGUGAAUGGCAGGCACCAGGUAUCGUCAUAGUCAUGCUAAAGGUCUGUGCACACAACAUGCAUAACAUAAAGGGACUGGGCAAUGUGACAUAAAAUAGUCACAGUUUGGUUUAUGCUACUUGGGCAAUGUCGCACAGAACAAUUAUCACUGGUUACUUUUUUUCUUUGGUUUACAAAUGAUUAUUGAGUAGAUCCAUAGCGGAAUUCUUUAUGUAUCUACCGUACUUUCAUCUACACCAGAUGCUGUCCAUAUGAUGCUACUCUAUCUGUAGUAAGUCAUUCACCCAUAUAUCCAGCAGGGGUGACUAAAAUGUUUGUUUGUGGCAUUGACCUUUACAACUGCUGCUCCAAUCUAUCUUUAUAAAUUCAGACUUCAUUACUUCACAUUCAGAAUUUGUGCUACAAAAUGAUGCAGACUGAUUUUCCUUGCCCUUACAUUAGGAGGUUGUUCUGCUUUUGUCCUUAUAUUCAUAAUGUCCCUAUUUAAUAUGCAAGUACAGAAACACAGGCUGCUGCUGCUACUCAAAACAGGGUGACAAGUAAACAAAGCAUUUUAGAGCAGUGACCAUGACACGCCGCCCCCCCCCCCCCCCCCAUCCCCAUCCCCAUCCCCAAAUAACCAUUACUGCCAACAAAACUUGGUUAUGACACAUAAUAAUGUAAUUAUUAGUGGGUUGUAAAUAUGGAUGUGUGCAAAAUAACGGUUGCCCAGUGUCACUAGUAAUGCACUACAGUAACUUUACUGCUUAGAGACUGGUUUAUUAAGCAGAACAUUACACAUAAUGAUGUCACUGCCCAGUAAAAAAAAAAAAAAAUAUAUAUAUAUAUAUAUAUAUAUAUAUAUAUAUAUAUAUAGGACUAAUCAUAAUAAUGUAAUCUGUAUAAAGAUGAAGUGCCAUACGUUGUAAAUGUUAUUGUUUCUAUAAGUGGAAUACUUCAUUGUUAUUAGGGUGUACAUAUUAUGUUACUAUUUGUUCUUAUCAUUAAUAUAAAAAUACCACAGGAGCUAAACAAAAACAAAAAACACCUCCAUAGUGUUUCGGAUAAGUGGUUUGUGUGUUAUAACUAAAACCAUACAAACAUUUAGCAAAAUACCACCCUGUAGCAGUCUUAAAUAAUAUACCAAUAUUCAGUGACGGCAGCCAUUUUGUGAGCUGAACCAAUACACAUGAGAAAUACAGUCUGUGCGUGUACUAGGAACCUGAAUCAUGGGUAAUAAAUGAUAGGCUGCAUCUUUAUGAAUAUUGGUUCAGUCCACCAGAAAAUGGCCAUCUCCACUGAGGAACACUCCUCUCGGUAAGUAAUAAUUGGCUAGAUGCAUCAUCGCUUGGAAAGUGAUAAAAUGGAGAGUGAAAAAGUGCCAGCCAAUCAGGUCCUAACUGCCAUGUCACAGGCUGUGUUUGAAAGAUGUCAGUUAGGAGCUGACUGGCUGGCACUUUUUCACUCUCCAUUUUAUCACUUUCCAAGCGAUGAUGCAUCUGGCCCACAGUAUGAAAUACUUAUAAAAUAUAAGGCAAAGUAAUGAAAAAAACAGUCAAUUUAGUUUUCUCCCCAAAAUGAAUAACUGGAAAAGGAGCCAUGGUUUCCUAUAGCUGUAGUACUAGAACACAUCCAGCACUAAGGCAUGGCUCUAUACCGAGGGAGUAUGGUGUGGGUGGGUGUUUAUAUAACGCUGCACAGUGCCCGUUAUAUACAUACUGUUGACUGUUGGUAUCAAUCUUACUGAAUGUGCAAUAAAGCUUAAGCAUGUUCCCAUGACCUGCCAUCAAAAAUAAAACAAGUGAUGUUCAUAUGUGUUAUAUUGUACUUUAAAAGACAUCCUAUUUUAUUAUAAAUUGUAGAUUCAUAGUUGGCAUGACAUGUAUAGCAUGUAUAGAUCAAAGUGAAAUACAAUUUUGUUUUGAAACCAA